UGUGGCGGCAAUCUUGGCCUUCAAUCAGGAAUAAUAGCCUCGCCAAAUUACCCUCAUAUUUACCCACCUGAUUUGAAAUGUCUCUGGUAUAUUCAUGCACCAACUGGAGAAGUUAUAGAUUUAAGGUAAACGUUUAUUUUAAUUUGGUUCAUAGUUUUCUUCAGAAGUUUUUGAUUGCGAUUUUACACGGCACAUUUUAAAUUUAAAAAAAAAAAAAUAUUGCAAUUUUUAAAAAUAAAAUGAACAUUUGUCAACAUAGUUUUGAAUCUCAAUGUUAGAUCUAAUUUAUUAAAUUAUCUGUAUUUUAGAUUUAGAUUCUUUGACCUGGAAGAAAUGGACUAUGUCAGAAUUUACAAUGGUCAUCGUUUGCUCGAAGAUUCUUGC